AUGGGGACCUUGGAAGAAGGGGAUAGUCGAAUGGGGGAUCCGGGUUUCGUGAAGUCCCAGUCUUAUUCGUUAGUUUUUGUUUUCUAAAAUUUUGUCCAGAUGAAAGGAGGGGUGGAGUAUCCAACGUUGCUUCAAAAUUUACCGAAAGAUUUGUGUCUAACGUGGAAGAACAUAUCGUACACGGUUCAGAAAAGAAUCAAUGGCGGCAGUCUACGAGCGAUUUUCGGUUUGCAACACACCGAAUUCGUUCAGCUGCUCAACGAAGUCAGCGGUAUAGUUAAUUCUGGAAUGUUGAUGGCUAUCAUGGGAUCAAGCGGCGCUGGGAAAACUACUUUGCUCGCGACCAUCAGCCGACGCGUCAAAGGUAGAGCCACGGGCGAGAUCUUGUUAAACGGAAAGCCGAUAGACACCGGUCAAAUGAUAAGGAUAUCCGGAUUCGUCCCUCAAACGGAUCUGGCGGUCGAGUCGCUGACGGUCCAGGAGCACAUGCAGUUCAUGGCGUGCAUGAAAAUGGACAGGAGGCUCCGGGCCAACGUUCGAAAGCAACGCAUAAUGGCUCUGCUGGCGGAACUCGGCCUGGGGACAUGCGAGAACUCGAAACUCUCAGCGUUGUCGGGCGGCGAGAGGAAAAGGGUCACGUUGGCCGUCCAACUGCUCACCGAGCCCAGUAUACUCUUUUGCGACGAGCCAACCACAGGGUUGGACAGCUACGGCGCCAUGACGGUGGUCAGAACGCUCAGAGAAGUAGCUGCCAGAGGACGGAUAGUCGUUUGUUCGUUGCAUCAGCCUGCAUCCGGUUUGCUGGACAUUUUUCACGAAGUUAUCCUCCUCUCUGGCGGCAGAGUCGCCUUUCAGGGCUCGUCCAUCGACGCCACGGACUUUUUCGAUAGCUUGAAUCUACGUUGCCCGGCGACCUUCAACAGCGCGGAGUUUUACGUUUCUCAGUUGUCCAUCGUUAGGGACAAGGAAGCAGAGAGUUAUGCGAAGGUGAACUGGAUCUGCGAUCAAUACGAGAGAUCCAAGUACGGUCAGAGAGUGUCGAAACUGAUCGAAUUCUCUUGCAAUGGCUCCUCGGACGUCGACGAUCUUCCGUUAAUAUUCUCGGAGGUUCCUUCCACGCGUAAAGAUUUUAAGAAAGCCAGAGCACUGACGCAGGUGCAGUGGCUCACCUGGAGGACCUACGUCGACUAUAAAAGGAACUAUGCCUCUCAUCUGUUGCGAUUCGUAACGUACAUGUUCGUAGGCCUGCUAGUAGCGUCGCCAUACGUGGACGUGACGGGAAGGGCGAUGAAUCAGGAUGGUAUACAAAACAUGCAGGGCCUGCUCUACCUGGUGGUCGUCGAGACCGUGUUCACGUUUAAUUACGCCGUUUUCUACACGUUCCCACGGGAAUUGCCGCUUUUGCUGCGCGACAUCGCCGGCGGACUUUACGGUCCAGCGCCGUAUUACAUCAGCAAAGUUGUCGUUCUGAUACCCGGAGCGAUAAUGCAACCAUUUUUAUACGCCGUUUUCAUAUUCACGAUCACCGGUCUGAAGGGUGGAUUUCUUGGGUUCGUUUACUUCGCGCUACCAGUGGUGGUCUGCGCCAUUUCUGCGUCCGCGCUCGGUUUAUUCCUCUCGGCGUCGUUUAAAUCCGUGGACACGGCUUCUCUCUUUUCCGUGCCACUGGACUUCCUUGGCCUGAUGUUCUGCGGGAUUUACCUGCAUCUCGGACACCUUGCGCCCGGUAUCGCGUGGUUAAAGUACUUAUCCCAGUUCUAUUACGGUCUGGAAGCAGUUUCCUUGACGCAAUGGAUGCUGAUCGAUCACAUAAACUGUGCCCCGGACCCUGAAGAGCCUUGCAUAUCCAGCGGACUGGGUGUCCUGGAGAAAUACGGUUAUUUGCCUAAUCACUACGCGAUGGACAUAAUAGGCCUUCUGGCCAUAUUCUCCGUCAGCCAUUUGGCUGGUUUUCUAGUGAUUCGACGCAGAAGUCGCAAAGAACCCGUUUACUAGCUUUCCAAAUACAAAUUUCAAUCCUUAGAUAAUUUUUUUAAAAUAUAUUGUACAUCCACGAAUAAAUUG